AUGUCGAACGACGACCCUCCUCCGGGGACUUCUGCCACGUCGACGGUACUGCACACUUCCUCCUCCUUCAAACCCUUCGCGAUCGAACUCCCCGAGCGGUUGGACUUCCACCAUCCCGAAAGUUGGAAACGGUGGAUUGUGAGGUGGAAGCUGUACCGCGUCAUACCGGGCCUCCAGAAGCAGGAUGACGACACGCAUAUCAGUACGUUUCUGUAUGCCAUGGAAAGCGAAGCGGAGGACGUCCUGGUCUCUCUACGACUCGACGAUGAGGAAGCGAAGGACUACAAUAAGCUGAAGGCACGUUUCCAGAAGCGCUUCAUUCCGAUUCGCAACGUCAUUUUCGAACGCGCGCGCUUCAACCAGCGCAGCCAGCUAGAACAUGAGGCCGUCGAGAAAUUCGUGACGGUUCUACAUCGUCUGGCAGAGAGCUGCGACUUCGGGUCCCUGAAGGACGAACUUAUCCGCGACCGGUUAGUCGUCGGACUCCGAGACAAGAAUUUGAGCGAGAAGCUUCAGUUGGACGCUAAUCUGACUUUGGAGAAAGCAGCCAACACGGCUCGCCUGUCGGAAACAGUGAAGGAACUCUCGACUGACUCGCCGACCGACCACUCGUCACUCAACUGGGCAAAGCGUUCAGCAACGGAGCGCCUGCCGGUGGUGUGGGUCAGCGCAGCCACACGAAAGAGCACAGUAUCCGGCACAAGGAAAGCAGUGCAUCCUUUGCCGGAAGCUUGGACAUUUCGCAACGGUCUCUCUGUCGCGCAAGGCCAACGAGUCAGGGAAACAGCCGCGCAGUGUCCUGGUCCCUCUCGGGUACCAACUCCGAAGACCGUCUUGGAGGAAGUCUUCCUAGGCACGAUCAGUAACACAUCGCCCACCACCGAUCCCUGGUUUAUCACAGCUCGGGUCCAGGACACCGACGUCCGACUUAAAGUGGAUACAAGCGGGGAUGUGACAGCUAUACCGGCAUCAGCUCUGCCGCCCAAUGUUCUGUCAUCCGUGAUACGGCCUACUAAGGUGCUCUACGGACCGGGGAGGUCGAAGAUUGACACAUUGGGACAGCUUAAAGCCGACAUAACAUGUAAUGGACGGGCAACCCGUCAGGACGUUUUUGUAAUCCGAAACCUACGGCAUGCGCUUCUCGGACGUCCGGCCAUCCAAUCACUCAACAUGCUCCCGCAAAUCCUCGCAGUGGAAGAAAGCUCUACAAGCGACCCCAUUGCGCGGAAGUACAGGAAGUUGUUCGGACCUGAAUUAUCCCAGACGGGUACCCAUUCCUCUGCUGCCCAGCGUGCAGGCAGAAUUAAAGCGGAUGGAGGGUCUCGGAGUCAUCCACCAAGUCGACCACCCUACAGCUUAGUGCACGCGGAUGUCGUAGGUAAGAAGAAGGAUGGGAAGCUACGUAUCUGCGUAGACUACGCAGAACUUAACAAACAAGUCAUGCGCGAGAGGCUGACCACGCCAACGGUGGAGGAGAAUUUAUGGCAUAUCAGCUGCGCCAAGCUCUUCAGCAAGCUUGAUGCAAACGCAGGGUACUGGCGGAUGCCUCUUUCCCCCGCCAGCUCCGAGAUGACCACGUUCAACACGGCGUUCGGGCGAUACCGGUUUCCGCGGCUGCCGUUCGGGAUCUCCACAGCUCCCGAAUUUUUCCAGAGGGAAAUGCUGCGUAACUUGGAAUGCUUGGAAGCAGCGGAGCUGCACUUUAAGGAUGACCUCACAGGAACGCCGGUCCCCGCCUUUUACUCGCCCGAACGGCCUAUCACGCUAUCUGUCGACGCGUCGUCCUAUGGUCUCGGCGCAGUCCUGCUACAGGAAGAAACGGACGGACAUCGGUGCCCAGUCGCGUAUGCAUCACGGGCACUGAGCGAGACAGAACAGGGCUACGCCCAAGUGGAAAAAGAAGCACUUGCAAUUGCCUGGGCAUGCGACAAAUUUCGCAUAUACGUCUUGGGGCUGCAGUUUCACGUCGAGACGGACCACAAGCCGCUGGUGCCGAUCUUCUUGACCAAGAGGUUGGACGAGCUGACUCCUCGACUCCAACGCUUGCGGCUCCGUGCGUUGGAGUACGAUUUCACCAUCAGGCACGUACCGGGGAAGCAGCUUUUCACAGCCAAUGUACUCUCCAGAAACCACUUGACGAGCAACUGGGCCGAGGACUUUACUCUCGCACAUGAAAUCAAAGAAUACGAGACUCUCGCUCUCAGUCUACUGCCUGCUUCGUCCGACAUGCUGACACGUAUAAGACGAACACUCAGCCUCCUGAUGGAAUACUGGAGUACGCAGUGGCCGCCAGUAAGCAUCCUCGCCGAAGAGUGCCGAAAAUAUGUCACUGUGGCUGAUGAACUGGCACUGAUCGACGGCCUCCUGCUGAGGGGAACUCGGCUGGUCAUUCCGACAGCACUUCGUCACGAGGUGAUGACACAUCUGCACACCGGCCAUCAAGGUGCACAGAAAGCCCGCAACAGAACCCUUGCUUCAAGCGGCCUACGGGAACGGCUGUGGCAGGUGAUUGGCAUGGAUACAUUCCACGAGAAUCGACAGAAUUACGUUGUAGUCGUAGACUACUUCUCUAAGUUUUUCGAGGUCGCACACCUCAGGACGACCAUAUCAUCGGACUUGAUUGCAGAGCUCAGACCUAUGUUCGCUCGGCAUGCCAGAAGUGGUACGCUCAGACGCUAUUGA